CAAAUUCACACUUUUGGACAACGCAGUUUGUGUCGCAUUGAGGUUCGAUGUAACUAUGGAGUCUUCACGGAUAUUUAUCAAGGGACUGCCGCCCAAUAUUACAGAAGAGGAGUUUAAGAAGCACUUUGCCAAAACGUCUGCCCUCACCGAUGCCAAAUUGAUCCCACAUCGAAGAAUUGGUUAUAUUGGCUACAAGACACCCGAGGAUGCUUCCAAAGCGGUCAAAUACUUCAAUCGGUCCUUCAUACGCAUGUCAAAAAUUGGGGUAGAGCUUGCUAGACCAAUUUCCGAUUCAACUCUCCCAGUAUCACGGAAAGCACAACGAGAACAUGAUCGCGAGAAUGCGAAGACUCAUCGCAAGGAUCAAGCUGAGGCCACACCUACCAUUCUGACCACCGCCACAAAGAGGAAGCGCAGUGAGGCAGACGAAUCCGACUCAAAAUUGAAGGAGUUCUUGGAGGUAAUGCAACCGGCAUCAAAGUCCAAAACUUGGAAACCUCAGGAGGACGAAACAUCAAUGGAACCACCUACGAAAGUGCAAGCAGUCGAGUUACCAGAGGCAGAAAGCGAUGGAGAAUACGAAGCAGUGCCCAAGAAGGCUAGGAAACAGAGUCCUCCUCGACCCGUCGCUCAGCCAGAUAUUAUUUCAGCACCUCCACCAGCUGCCAAUGAUCAGAACGAUUUUGCGGUUAUCGAACCAACUGCUCCAGAUGCUACAGAUGACGACUGGCUAAGAAGUCGUACGAACAGGUUAUUGGACUUGAUGGACCCCGAAGAAAUCACGGGCCCCCACUCAGCACAGCCUGGUACUUCAUCUCCAGAUGUCGAUGUCGAAAUGACGGUAGAUGUCCCAGACGAACCCAUAGCGGAAGCAGAGAUGGACCUAGAAGAACCAGAGCCUGCUGAAGAUAAGCCAGAUCCAACUGUCGAAGCAAUCAGAGCCACUGGUAGGUUAUUCGUAAGAAAUCUGUCAUACACCGCGACAGAAGAUGAUCUUCGAGAGCACUUCGCUGCUCAUGGUACACUAGAAGAGGUCCACUUACCCGUUGACUCCUCUGGGAAAAGCAAAGGAUUUGUUCUCGUGCAAUAUGCAGAUCCAGACGUUGCUGCUGAAGCCUUUCAUAAUCUCGAUGGUGAGCCGUUUCAAGGCAGACUCUUACACAUACUUCCCGCGACAGCCAAACGUGAGAAUAAACUCGACGAGUUUUCCAUCGCGAAGCUGCCACUCAAGAAGCAAAAGCAGAUUAAGAAGAAAGCUGAAGCAUCCGCUACGACUUUCAACUGGAACUCUCUGUUCAUGAAUCAAGAUGCUGUCAAUGAAGCGGUCGCCCAUCGCCUUGGCGUAUCGAAAUCUGAGAUGCUGGAUCCGACGUCCGCGGACUCUGGUGUCAAGCAGGCAAUAGCUGAGACUUCCGCCAUCCAGGAAACGAAGGGAUACUUUGCGAAACAUGGUAUAGACCUUGACGCCUUCAAGAGACGUGAACGUGGUGACACGAGCAUCCUUGUCAAGAACUUCCCAUAUGGUAUGACUCUCGACGAACUAAGAAAAAUGUUCGAGGACUUUGGUCAGGUGCUUCGAGUUCUAAUGCCUCCAAUUGGCACGAUUGCGAUUGUUGAAUUCGCCCAGCCCACUCAUGCGAGAGCAGCUUUCGGCAGCCUAGCCUAUCGCCGCUUCAAAGACUCUGUACUCUUCCUAGAGAAGGGCCCCAAGGAUCUGUUCACCACAGAAAGCAGUGGCGCUGUUAUGAUAUCUGAUGUGAAGGGAGGGGAUUCUGGAGACAAGAAGCUCUCAACAUCAGACCUUCUGGAGAGGGAGCAUGCUGGAGAAAUGAUUGAUACGUCGACUUUGUUCGUCCGCAAUCUCAAUUUUACUACUGCAAAUGACCGCCUUACUGAAGUUUUCAAGCCCCUCGACGGCUUCAUUUCAGCUCGAGUCAAGACAAAGACUGAUCCAAAGAAGCCUGGCCAGAUUCUCAGUAUGGGUUUCGGCUUCCUUGAAUUCAAGACUAAGGAUCAAGCCCAAGCAGCUCUCAAAGCCAUGGAUGGGUAUGUCUUGGAUGGACAUAAGCUGUCAAUUAAAGCGUCACACAAGGGACUUGACGCUGCGGAGGAGCGUAGGAGGGAAGACAAUGCUAAGAAAUCGGCUGGGAAACGAACCAAGAUCAUCAUCAAAAAUCUGCCAUUUCAAGCCACCAAAAAGGAUGUCCGAGCUCUCUUUGGUGCGUAUGGUCAGCUCCGUUCGGUUCGUGUACCUCAAAAGUUCGACCAUACUACUCGUGGCUUUGCUUUCGCAAAUUUCAUUACGUCCCGGGAAGCGGAGAAUGCACUAGAGGCUCUGAAAGACACACAUCUUCUCGGCCGUCGCCUCGUCCUAGAGUUUGCCGCAGAGGAUGCCGUGGAUGCCGAAGAAGAGAUCGCGAAAAUGGAAGAGAAGGUUGGCUCGCAAGUAAACAAAGUUGCAAUCCACAAACUCACGGGUGGAGGUCGCAAGAAAUUCAAUAUUGGGGACGAUGGAGAGGCAGGCGAGGAUUAAGGUAUUUGUCGAUAAUGUUUUCUUUCCCAAAGGGGGCAAUUCUCGUCUAUGUGCCGAUUUGGCUGGCGAAUUCGUCCCCCUUGCUGCCUAUACCCCAAAUCUCAUUCGAUGAUACCCCUACGAACAU